AUGCCUAGGCUAUUAUCAACACAAUCUCAUGUGGUUCAUGGUUACGUGGGCAACAAAGCAGCAACAUUUCCACUGCAGUGUAGAGGCUGGGACGUGGAUUGCGUGAAUUCCGUGCAGCUUUCAUGCCAUACUGGCUACAAUCAAGAUAAUGUGCGUGGUCACGUGGUAGAUGAAGAGGAAUUGAGGGUGGUCUUUGAAGGAAUUGAGCGACUAAUUAAAGGCGAACCUCAUGUUAAAUAUGAUGCGUUAUUGUCGGGCUAUUUACCUUCGAAGGACUCAGUGUCAAUGGUUGCACAAUAUUACAUGUCUCUUAAGAAGCAGCGACCCGACCUCCUAUGGCUACUAGAUCCAGUAAUGGGCGAUGAGGGCCAGCUAUAUGUCGAAGAAAACGUCAUUCCAGAGUAUAGAAAACUCGUCCGAUCUGGAUUUGUUGAUGCCAUCGUGCCUAACCAUUAUGAAUUGGAACUGCUUUCUGGUGGGACAAUAUCCAACCUCAAAGAAGUGCUACAGACAAUAGAUGAACUUCACAAUCACGUGAAAAUAAUUAUAGUGACAUCAUUAUCGUCCGCUAUUUUAGAUGACAAGGAACACGUUUACUGUGUAGCUUCAGUAGCUGGCACUGAAAAACAACGGGUAUGUUUCAAAGUUCCUAUAAUUGAUGCUCAUUUUACAGGUACUGGAGACCUUUUUUCUGCUCUCAUCAUUGAUAGCUUGCAUCGGUUUCUAUCGGACAAAUGCGCCGAUAUCAAACAAACAGUAAAUCACGUGCUCAAUGUCAUACAUAAGGUGUUAACCGUCACAAUAGAGUCUUAUCGCCAAAGGGAACUGAUCGGUGCUGGGUGCAAUAGCGAGUCGCUAGGGUUGGAAUUGAAGCUCAUCGAAUGCCGUGAUGACUUUGAGUCUGAAUAUGAUCCUGUAUCCUUAGUGGAUUAUACAUAUGAACUCCAAGGUACUGGUGAUCUGCAGUAA